AUGUGUAAAUCAAACUUGAGUAUGCAUUUUAGAGAUAAAAGUGAACCAAAUUUAGAUUCGCCAGGUCAAGAUGAUGCUUUAUUUUCACAUGAUGAAUCCGAUGACGAUCAAGAUUUUUCACAUCAUUUCAAUAAUGACAGCGAUGAAGAGGGAUUACCAAAAUCAUAUAAUUCAGCUCAUUUCUCAAGUACAGAAGAUAAAUACAUGAAAGAUCAAGAUUUAAAAGUCAAAGCUUUUGAAGCGUUGCAUCACAAUGGCGCAUCAGGUCUAACUUCAUCAUCACCAAAAACUAGUACAUCAAUUAAAAGAAGGCCCUCCGUUAUAGAUAUGCCACACAAGUUGAAUCACAAAUUUCAUCCUUUGACCCCUUCUCAAGCUCCACAUUAUACUACUGGGAAUCUAGCCAGUGAUCCAAAUGCUUUGCCUGAAGAAUAUCCCUCCGAUGUAUUAAUUGAUUUUUAUAAGCACGUCAAAUUAUGUUUAACAUUGAGAAACAAAUACUUGAAAUGGUCUGCGCAAGAUCCAGAAUCACUUAAUCCAAAGAAUCAAGAAAGUUGGAAAAUUUAUCCUCCUCCACCAAAACCAACUUAUAAAUCAAAAAAUAAAUUUAAUCAAAUACCAUUUCAUGAUGAAGAAGAAGAAUUUGAUUUUAACAAAUGUGAAAUACCUGAUUUAUCAGAUAGUCCAUAUUAUUUCUCAUUAGAUGAUGGAGAUGUAUAUCAAGUUUAUGAUAAGGAAAAUGAUAAAAAAUUGGUCAAUAUUCCAAACUUACAUGAUUAUUAUGCCGAUUUAAAUGUUAUUACAAAAAUCUCAUCAGAUGGUCCAACUAAAUCAUUUGCAUUCAAAAGAUUACAAUAUUUGGAAGCCAAAUGGAAUAUGUACUACUUAUUGAAUGAGUUUGAAGAAAACAAACAAUCCAAAAAGAAUCCACAUAGAGAUUUUUAUAAUGUUCGUAAAGUUGAUACCCACAUUCAUCAUUCUGCAUGUAUGAAUCAAAAACAUUUAUUAAGAUUUAUAAAGUAUAAAUUAAAAACUGAACCGAAUGAACAAGUAAUUUUUAGAGAUGGCAAGAUAUUAACUUUGGAAGAAGUUUUUAAUUCAUUGAAUUUGACAGGUUAUGAUUUAUCAAUUGACACAUUAGAUAUGCAUGCUCAUACUGAUACAUUUCAUAGAUUUGAUAAAUUCAAUUUGAAAUAUAAUCCUAUUGGUGAAUCUAGAUUAAGAGAGAUUUUUUUAAAAACUGAUAAUUUCAUUGAUGGUAGAUAUUUAGCCGAAAUUACAAAACAAGUUAUGGAAGAUUUGGAAAACUCUAAAUACCAAAUGAAUGAAUUAAGAAUUUCAAUUUAUGGUAGAAAUAUUCAUGAGUGGGAUAAAUUAGCAGCUUGGGUUAUAGAUAACAAAUUAUUUAGUCAUAAUGUUAGAUGGUUAAUUCAAGUUCCAAGAUUAUAUGACGUUUACAAGAAAAAUAAUAAUGUUAAAAGCUUUUUAGAUAUUUUUAAGAAUGUAUUUCAACCAUUAUUUGAAGUUUCAAUAAAUCCAAAAUCUCAUCCAAAAUUAUAUGUGUUUUUACAAAGAGUUGUUGGUUUAGAUUCUGUUGAUGAUGAAUCUAAACCUGAAAGACCAAUUCAAUCAAGAAAAUAUCCAAUAGCAGGAGAUUGGAAUUCUGCUACUAAUCCACCAUAUUCCUAUUAUUUAUACUAUCUUUAUGCAAAUAUUGCCACAUUGAAUAAUUUAAGACUCAAGAAUAAAAUGAACACAUUUGUUUUAAGACCUCAUUGUGGUGAAGCUGGAGAUCCAGAACAUUUAAUAAGUGCAUUUUUAACAGCUCAUAGUAUUUCACAUGGUAUUUUAUUAAGAAAAUUGCCAUUCAUUCAAUACUUAUACUAUUUAGAUCAAAUCGGUUUAGCAAUGUCACCAUUAUCAAAUAAUGCAUUAUUUUUGACAUAUGAUAAGAACCCAUUCUAUAAUUUUUUCAAGAAAGGAUUGAAUGUUUCAUUAUCAACAGAUGAUCCAUUACAAUUUUCAUACACAAAGGAACCAUUGAUUGAAGAAUAUUCAGUAGCUGCUCAAAUUUAUAAAUUAUCAGGUGUUGAUAUGUGUGAAUUAGCUAGAAAUUCUUGUUUACAAAGUGGUUGGGAAGCUGCUAUAAAGAAACAUUGGUUAGGUAAGAAUUAUAUGAAAGGAGGAGUUGAAGGAAAUGACAUUGAGAAAACAAAUGUUCCAGAUAUUAGAGUUGGAUUUAGGGAAGAAACAUGGAAAAGUGAAAAGGAUUUAAUUGAAUACUAUAAUAAAUUAAGAAAACCACUGGAAACUUCAAGCACAUCUUAA